AUGCCAGGACGUCAAUCUCAUGGCCGAAGCCUGCUGGGCAACUCGCAGGCCAAAGCUUCAAAACGACCGAACCAGAAAUCUAAAGCAAAAGCCCGAGCGCAUGCACUCGAUGCCUUCGCCAUCGCUGGGAAACAAGUCCAGCCGGACCGUAUGACCAGGCGCGGAAGAGACCUGGAGCUUGAUCCCGAGAAACACGCCAGAGGCAGCAAGCAUCGUCGAGACGAGGAUGACGAAGACGAUGACGAAGAGGACGAUGAGGACGAGGACGAAGGUCCGCGCAAGAAGCGUCCUCGACAAGCUGUGGCCGACGGUGACGACGAGGACGAAAGCGAUGGCGAGGAAAUAGAUGGUGGUAGUGACAGUGAGGGUAACGAGUGGCACGUGGGUGUCAAAUCGGAUGACGACGACUCAGAGAUUGAGAGCGACGAAGCCUUUGGCGAAAGCGACGACGAGAAAUUCGACGGAUAUGCAUUUGGAGGUGGUCGUGCGCAAAAGAAGAAGAAGAAGAAUAAGGGAGACGAAAGCUCUGACGAUGAAGAUGAAAAUGACGACGAUGGUGAAUCGCUGGGUUCGGAUGCUAUCGAUCUUGCGGAUGCGCUAGUCCAGUCCUCAGACGAUGAUGACGAGGAGGAGGGUUCUCAGGGCGAUACAGAGUCCGGAUCGGAGGAAGAAUACUCUGAAUCUGAGCCGGACGACGAUUUCGACGACGGUCAUGCCGAAGUAGAUCCAAAGAAGCUGGCCGAACUCCAGCAACUCUUCAAAGGCUAUGCAGGCUCGGACAACGAGAACACAGAAGCAGAUGCUGGGUCGCGCUCAACAAAGGCGAGCUUAUUACAAGGCCUCGGGCUCUUGGACACUAAGGAUCCUCUCAUGAAGAAACAACUGAAAUUAAUAAAGAAAGAGGAAAAAGCCGAGGCGGGCAAGAAGGGAACACCCAAGAAGCUUGAUGUACCGCUCGCUAGGCGACGACAAGACCAGCUAGACCGAAUCGCAGCCUACGAGCAAACGAACAAGACAUUAGACAGGUGGAACGAUACGGUCAAGCAGAACCGCCGGGCCGAUCACCUCAUGUUCCCGCUCCCGGACACUCUUGCCGAUGCUGGACUUGACAAUGGCGAACUUCUUCCCCUGACCAAGAAAACCGCUGGCACUGAGCUUGAGCAAGCAAUCAUGUCCAUUAUGGAGGAGUCUGGCCUCGGGCCCGGCGCGCAGUCAGAAAAGCAGCAGGAAAAGAAAAUCGACGCCAACGGCGAGGAGCAGACCAUCUCCCGUUCCGAGCUGAAAGAGCUCUGGGCUCAGCGCCGUAAGGACCGUGAACUCCAAUCUCGUGAGCAGAAGCGCGCAAAGCGCAUCAAGAAGAUCAAGUCCAAAACAUACCGCAGAGUUCACCGCAAGGAGCGACUGGGCGAGGAAGCUAAAUUGCAUGAGGAGAUGAAGGCUAGCGGGGAGAUUGAUUCGGAAGAUGAGCGCGAAGCUGCCGCGCGGCGGCGCGCUCUGGAGAGAGUGGGCGCAAAGCACAAGGACAGUAAAUGGGCCAAGAUGGGUUCCAAGGUCGGUCGCGCUGCAUGGGAUGAUGACUAUCGGGCGGGUCUUACAGACAUGGCCAGGAGAGACGAGGAGUUGAGAAAGAGAGUCGAAGGGAGGACUCAUGCGGGCGAAGGUGACGAAAACGAUUCAGAUGCAACAUCAUCAUCAGGGGACGAGGAUGGAAAUUCCAGGUUACUCAAGGAGCUCGAUGGAGAAGACGACGAGGACGAAGACACCGGUCCAUACGCCAAUCUCAUGAAGCUCAAGUUCAUGCAGAGAGCCGAGGCCACGCGCAGACAGGAAAAUGACGGUCUUGUUGCGGAAAUCCGUCGUGGUCUUGAAUCUGGAUCAGAACAGGAGGAUGACAGUGACGCUGAAGUUCAGGUGGGGCGACGGUCAUACGGCGUGCCAGAACAGAAGAAGCGCUUGCAGCGAGAGGUAUCCUCGAUCAGCAACGGUGCAAAGAACAAGCCUUCAAAAGGCGGACUCUCGAGCACUAACGCACACACCACAUCUGCAACAGAUUCCAACGAUGCAUCGUCAGUACCGGGGGUACCAGACGCAUGGUCGGGCGGAAAAGCGGCUGUUGAGAGGAAGAAAAAGAAAAGCACAGCCGACAGGCUAGGGGAUCAGUUGGACAUCAGUAACGUUGUUGGCCAGCCGACUACCGAUCUGCUGAAGUCAUCUAAGGCCAAGACUGCGUCCAGAGCCGCAAACGCAGGUGUUGGAGCCAUAGAUGACUCCUCAGACGAUGAGUUCCACCAUCCUCUCGCGGUCCGGGACCAGACGCUGGCCAGCCGUGCGUUUGCAGGCGACGAAGUCGUGGUUGAGUUCGAAGCAGAAAAAGAAGCCGUUAUGUCAGAGGAUGAUGAAAAGAUGGUCGAUAAUACCAUGCCAGGCUGGGGAAGCUGGGCCGGAGAGGGCAUCAGCAAACGGGCUAUGAAGCGCAACAAGGGCAAGGUUAUGACCAAGAAAGAAGGCAUCAAGAGGAAGGACCGGAAGGACGCAAAACUGGAGCGAGUCAUCAUUAACGAGAAGAGGAAUCGCAAGAACGAGAAAUUCCUCGCCUCGCAACUUCCGCACCCCUUCGAGUCCAGACAGCAGUACGAGCGGUCUCUCCGCCUCCCCGUUGGACCCGAAUGGAUGACGAAGGAAUCGUUCCAGACGUCAACGAAGCCUAGGGUCAUCGUGAAGCAAGGAAUCAUCGCGCCUAUGGCAAAGCCGACAGUUUGA